AUGGCCAUAACCGCUGGGGACUGGGUAGUAGGAACCAUCUUCUUAUUACAGAGCCUGUUUGGAACCCUGGGGAAUUUCUCUCUUCUCUCCAAUUACCUCUUUCAUCAUUUCAGUGGUUAUAAACUUAGGUCCACAGAUUUAAUUGUCAAGAAUCUAAUUGUUUCCAACUGCUUGGUUCUGUUCUCAAGUGCAAUUCGCUACACCCUUGAGUCUUUCAGGUGGUAUUAUGCCCAUAAUGAUUUGAGUUGCCAACUUUUUCAUUAUGUCCUCAGAGUGGGUCGGGGUUUGUCCAUCAGUACCACCUGCCUUCUGAGUAUUGCCCAGGCCAUCACCAUCAGCCCCAGGAGCUCCAGGUGGGCACAGCUUAAGGGGAAAAUUUCCAAGCUUGUUAUCCCCUCUCUUACACUGUGCUGGAUUGUGGCUAUGUUGGCAAAUGUCAUCCAUCUUAUGUUUAUUAGAAGAACUUUGAGCUUCAAAAAUAUUUCACACAGAAAAAGUUUUGGAUACUGUUCUUCUGUUCGUCAUGACAAAAACCUAGAGUCGGUGUUUAUAACCCUGCUCUCCUUCCCUGAUGCUGUGUGUCUGGCGCUCAUGCUCUGGGCCAGCGGCUCCAUGGUUUUCAUCCUGCACAGGCACCAGCAGAGAGUCCAGCAUCUUCAUAGGAACAGUGACUCCUCCAAACCCUCCCCUGAGGCCAGAGCUACCAAAACCAUCCUCCUCCUGGUGAGCACCUUCAUCUGCUUUUAUAGUCUCUCCUCCAUCUGCCAUGUCCUCGUGGCUCUUUUCCAGAAUCCCAGUGUGCUCCUUGUGAAGAUCACUGCAGUCUUCACGGCAGCCUUCUCUACUGUCAGCCCAUUCUUGCUCAUAAGCAGGGACACCAACCUUGACUUUGACUGGAGGCACAGUAGAAAAUGCCCUAAUUCUAAGUGA